GGGUAUAGUAGCGCGCGAUCGGGGAAGAAGCAGUAGAUAUGGAGGUUGAAAAGGUUGGGAGCUGUGUGGUGAUACACAUGAAGCUGGGGGAAAACAGGCUCAACCCAGCUUUCAUUUCGGCCUUUCACGAUGCACUAGACGAAGCCGAGGCUUACGAGGAUGCCACGUCGUUGGUGACUAUGGGAGAAGGCAAGUUCUAUUCUCUGGGGUUGGAUCUGACUGCUCUGGGCGCGCUCUCUGCGAUGGAGAUGCAGCAGUUUGCAUACGACUUGCAGAAACUUCUUCUGAGGCUUUUGACGUUUCCCCUCGUUACUGUGGCUGCAAUCAACGGACACGUCUAUGCAGCAGGAGUCUUUAUUGCUCUGGCCCACGACCACAAGGUUAUGCGCUCCGAGCGUGGUUGGUGGUGCCUCAAUGAGAUCCACAUCCGACGAAAUUUCACAGUCGGUGUACUUGAGAUGGCCAAAGCUCUGCUCCCCCAGAGUGAACUGAGGUACAGCGUGGUUCUGGGCAGACGGUACACGGGAGAGGAGGCCAGAGCUGCUGGGAUCGUGGACGAGGUGUGUCCGCUGGCCCAGCUGAAGAGUGUCGCCAUGGCGGCAGCAGUGAGACUGGCCGGUAAAGACGGACUGGACAGGAAGACUCUCUCCGCAAUCAAACACGAUCUCUAUAGAGAUGUUGUACGGGUAUUGAGUGAACCUACUAGGACAUAUUCUUUACUCUGAUGGAUCACUAAGUACGGUAGUACUUAGUAUAUAGGGAUGACACAGAAUCAUUCCAUAUAUUCACGUUUCACUUUUAAGUACUUUAUGGUGUGAAAUUGAUAUGAGUUUUACACUCAGUGAUAGUGAAUCUUUGUACAAGUGUCAAAAUCACGUGACCUGUAUUCCACACUUACAGCUACCUAAUGAUACAGCUGGGGUCGUGAAUCGUUGGUAGAACUUGUAUAUAAUACCAAAUGUGUGUCAGUUUAUAUACUGCAGCAGUUUCU